UACAGGGAUUGCUGGUGCGCGGUGAGCCGAGGACAUCCUGGCCAACCUAAGCCCUCCUGCCUCGGUCGGCAGUGGAAUUGCCUGGACUCUAACCACUGACAUCCAGGCUAUAGGGCGCAUCCUGCACGCCACGCAAAGCAGGAGCCCCGGGACUGCUUCUAAUCGAGGUCCACAUCUAUAUAACUUGGCAAAGAUUUGCCUUGUAUUUCUAACCAAUUCAGUGGAUGCAGAACAUGCAGUCUCAAUGCAGAAUGCAGAAUGUCGGCAGCAACCGCUGGGGGGAUGUUGCAUGUUUGCCUUUAACAAAUGACAGCACCCUGUUUCAGUAAGGAAGCAAGUGCCAUGUAGGCUUUUAUAGUGCUCUUAUAGUGAAAUAUUGUCGACUUAGAUUUAUUUAAUGUUUAAACACGUCCACGAAAUGUCAGCGAAAUCCUAAUUUUAUUUCAUAACCUAACUGUGAAUAAUACACACAUUUACCACGAUUGAAGUAGAUCCCUAAUAUUGAACAGUAAUGUAUGCUGUUCAUAAACUUGCGGUGAUAUUACAGUAUUUGUGUACGAAAAAGAGCUGAUUAGUACAUCACACGCAAAAAUUCUACAAAGGAUGGAUGCUACGAAUUUGCAAUAUUUACGAACACAUAAGUAAUAUUCAUACAUUGAGCCCAGGAGCUCUCUUGAAAUCAAGUCUGUCCUCCCUUCUCUGUAACCGUCACCCCCUCUUCUGUCUGGCUGUCCGUCUUCUCCUUCUCGCUCUCUCUCUCUUACACUUCCCUCAGCAGAGAAUCCAGGGGGUCACACAGCCAUGUAAAAGGGGCGUUCAUCAGCCUGGCUGUACUAAGUUAUUACUCUCUUGUCAAAUCACCUGUUGUCUCCACCCCUUCACAGAGCCUGCAUCCCUUAUAAGCAAUCCCGCCCCUUCUUGCUUCCGAGAAUCCAGUUGGCGGAAGCCUCCCAGUAGCCCUCAUCACACGUCCAAUCAGCACUCCUGCCAGCUCUCCAUCAUGUGGUCCUCCGGGGAUCAUAUAGGGGCCGAUUCUCCUGAGAUCAUUACAAUACGUAUGUAAUUAAAUAGUACGUACAAGGCGGCAAAUUAUUAUUAUAAUUUUUAUUUUAUUUAUUUAUUUUUUAAUAUUGAGACGCACAGAACUAAAAUAUCUUUAUACAUAUAUUUACAUCAGUUAUCUUUUAAAAUGCAUUCGGUCUGAAAAGCAGCCAUUCUAUUUAAAUUGUAGGUGAGCUUGAGUGGCAGAGCGAGCCUCCUAGAUCAGAGAAGCCGCACAGCUCGAGCUGAGAGGCGGGGCUUCGACAGCUCACUCGGAGGCUGUGUGUGAGAAGAGAGAGCGACGGAAGGAGAAAAAUAUAAAUGUGAUUGGCACCUGCCAGUCCUUCAGAAAGUCUGUUGACUAUUUUUGAGGCUGUACAUUCUCGUGAAAAACUUUAUUUUCAGGGUUUUUUUUUUUGUCCUGUAUAUACUUUGUAGCUCACCAUAGCAUCCUUUGAAAGCCUUUUAGUCAGAGAAACACUUUUAAAAAAAAAAAAAAAACAUAAAACUUGCAAACUUUCAUCCAUCAUUCUUCUACAGGUUAGACAGAUAAAAUCCUGUGGUAUUAUAAACUUAUUACAAGAAGGUCAAUGUCUCUUCAAUAGUAAAGCCACCCCUGUUAAGGCCAUAUUUUGUCCAAUACUUGAAUGGUAGUAGCACUGUAUUUAAAUGAAUAUAUGCAUUUUAUUUCAUCAGCUACUAAACAUAAUCCUGUUUGAUGCCAUGGACAGUGUAAAGGUGGAAUCUGUUCAGAUUAAAGAGGAAUUCCCUGAAUCUGAACUUGUUCCCUUUAGAGUGGAGUUUUCUGGGCUGGCUUCCCUCCCCAUUAAACAGGAGCUCUGUGAGAUGCAAUGUGACAGCAGUCAGCCAGAGGAAUCUGAGAUUAAAGCCGAGCACAAUGAAUUGGAGAUCCCCCAGACAGAAGAACCCCUUCCUGUUAAAAAAGAAGAGAUGCUGAAAACUGCCCGUAUUAAAAGGGAGCCCCCGGAACUAGAGUUUGACCACAUGGAUCCAGUGAAAGAAGAAUCCGAGGACUUCAAACCAAACGUCCCUGAGCUGGAGCCUGUAUGCCUGCAGGAGUGUAGUGUGGCGCUGGAGAGAAUCUGUGUGAGAGAGCAAGGUGCUGGAGAGGAAAACUCUCCCAACAGCACACAAGGAUGUGGAAAGGAAGUCAGGUGGUCACAUGCAGAAUGCAGUCUAGCAGGUUCCAGUCCAGCAGCUAAAGCGAGGGUGGUCGGUGGAGAAUAUCUUAACUAUGGGAAGAGUUUCAGUCACUCGGGAAGCUUGAAAGAAAAACGCCGAAUUCACACAGGAGAGAAACCGUAUUGCUGCUCUGACUGUGGGAAGAGUUUCAGUCACUCGGGAAACAUGAAAAAACACCACCAAAUUCACACAGGAGAGAAACCGUAUGGCUGCUCUGACUGUGGGAUGAGUUUCAGUCGGUCAGACAGCCUUGUUUCACACCAGCGAAUUCACACUGGAGAGAAACCGUAUCUCUGCUCUGACUGUGGGAAGAGUUUCAUUCGGUUAGGGGGCCUUGUUUCACAUCAGCGAAUUCACACAGGAGAGAAACCAUAUUGCUGCACUGACUGUGGGAAGAGUUUCAGUAACACAGGAACCCUGAAAGAACACCAGCGAAUUCACACAGGAGUGAAACCAUAUUGCUGCUCUAACUGUGGUAAGAGUUUCCGUUUUAAACAAGGUCUUCAAAACCACCAACUAAUUCACACAGGAGAGAAACCGUAUCAUUGCACUGACUGUGGGAAGAGUUUCAGUCGGUCAGACAGCCUUGUUUCACACCAGCGAAUUCACACAGGAGAGAAACCAUAUCGGUGCUCUGACUGUGGGAAAAGUUUCAAUCGGUUAUACAGCCUUGUUUCACACCAGCGAACUCACACAGGAGAGAGACCGUAUUGCUGCACUGACUGUGGGAAGAGUUUCGGUUACUCGGGAGACAUGACAAAACACCAGCGAACUCACACAGGAGAGAAACCGUAUUUCUGCUCUGACUGUGGGAAGAGUUUCAGUCAGUCAAAUCACCUUGUUUCACACCAGCGAAUUCACACGAGAGAAACUGUAUAGCUGCUCUGACUCUGGAAAGAGUUUCGGUUUUAUACAAGUCCUUCAAAACCAGCAGCGAAUUCAGAGGAGAGAAACCUCAAAAACUAUGUUCAAUG